GUAUAGGCUCAUCUUCGGCCUACUCGGCUUGUCUACCUGAACUCAAGCGGGGCCAAUUAAGUCCAAGUUGGGCUAAAUCUACUAGGUCAAGUGGAUUAUUUAACCACACAUACUUUCGUAAUAUGGUAGGUAAAUGUUUUAGUUUUGGUUUUGGUUUUGGUGACCCAAUCUUCUCUUUUGCUGGAAAUUGGAAAAUAUCUUCUUCAAUCAUACAUGGAUGGUAAUGGUACUAAGCAACAUCUUUUGGGUAUAAAGACAAACUUUCCUUUGAAAAUGAAUGAUUGACCAUUGGAAGUGUGUGCUUAAAGUUGAGGAUAAAGUUUUACAUAGAAAUCCAAUUUUGAUAACAAUUAAAGCAAUAUAAUUUUUUGUAAACAUGCCCUUCAUUCUUUCAAAUCCUUAACGUCAAAAACUACAUUAUGAAGUCCAUUCGAGUCCUCUGAAAAAUCUACAACAACAUCCAAAUAACGAGUCAAUGCCGGGCGGCUCCAUUAUAAACAAACAAAUCCAUAAAAAAGUUCUGUCAAAACUAUUGCUUGAAAGUGCUCUUUAUCUUGUCCUCAACUAAAACGUGGUUUCCAAUCGAUAUCAGCCAUUCAAUUUUCAUGGUUUGAAUUUUUUAAGCCAAGUUAAACCUGUAAUAGCCCCCCCCCCCCAUCUUUUCCUUAAAUUCUACGCCAUGGUGAAAUGCAUUAAAUCUUUCUUGAACUUGUAGAUGAUUUGUUCAACUUUGAACCAAAGAUGGGCCCUAGAUCUCCACCUAAAAGAGUUUCCAUUUCUCACUCAUUCACAUCUUUCUUCCUUGGUUUCUUAAUUCCUUGCAUUAAUGCUGCACCCUUGGGUCCAGAAUCCGAUAGAGUAAUCAAGCUGCCGAGCCAGCCGGCGACGCCAUCGAUAUCGCAGUUUUCGGGGUAUGUCACAGUGAAUGAAGAGCAUGGAAGGGCACUUUUCUACUGGUUCUUUGAAGCACAGUCUGAGGCAUCUAAAAAACCUCUCCUGCUUUGGCUUAAUGGAGGACCUGGUUGUUCAUCAAUAGCCUAUGGUGCAGCUUCGGAGUUGGGUCCACUAAGAGUUGGUGAAAAUGGUGUUGAUCUUCAUUUCAACGAAUUUGCUUGGAAUCAAGAGGCGAAUUUGCUGUUUGUAGAAUCUCCGGUUGGAGUGGGCUUCUCUUACACCAAUACAACCUCCGAUCUCACAAAAUUGGACGAUGCCUUUGUUGCUGAGGAUGUAUACAUGUUUUUGGUGGAGUGGCUUCAAAGAUUUCCACACUUCAAAACUCGUGAUUUCUUCAUCUCUGGGGAGAGUUAUGCAGGCCAUUACGUGCCCCAGCUAGCAGAGCUUGUGUAUGAUAGAAACAAUGACACAACUCGAUACCCAUUCAUCAACCUCCAAGGCUUUAUGGUGGGAAAUCCAGUCACCGAUGAUAACUAUGACUACACUGGCAUUAUGGACUAUGCUUGGAGCCACUCUGUAAUAUCAGAUGAGUUCUACCAUAAAAUCAAACAAGCAUGUGAUUUCAAGGAACUGAAUUGGUCCACUGAAUGCAAUGCUCUUGUUAACCAAGUCUUCGACACAUACUCAGAGAUUGAUAUUUAUAAUAUUUAUGACCCCAAAUGUCUUAUUAACACCACAUCAUCAGCAACUGCUAAUAAGAUAAAAUUUGAUGGGUUAAACAGAGUGAGGAUACUUGCAGAAGGGUAUGAUCCAUGCUAUUCUCCAUAUUCAGAAAUGUAUUUCAACAGGCCAGAUGUUCAAACAUCUAUUCAUGCUGACAGUAGAGGAGAAAAAUGGGUGAGCUGCAAAGAUUCUAUCUUGAAUUCAUAUAAUUUUUCUGUUUUUUCUGUACUGCCUGUCUACGAGAAGCUCAUCAAAGGAAAACUGAAGAUAUGGAUGUAUAGUGGGGACAUGGAUGGAAGAGUACCUAUCAUAAGUUCCAGAUACUGUGUUGAAGCACUUGGGCUCCCAGUCAAAUCACCCUGGCGUUCUUGGUUCCACAACAAGCAGGUUGGAGGGAGGAUAGUGGAAUACGAAGGGCUGACAUUAGUGACGGUGAGAGGGGCAGGUCACUUGGUGCCUCUAAACAAACCCAGUGAGGCUCUUGCCCUCAUCCAUUCCUUCUUGUCGGAUGAACCACUACCCAACCGCAGAUAGAUGAUAUACGCUUUAAGGCUAGCAUUCCUUGUUUGCUUCACAACACAACCUUUUAAUUCUAAUCAUUAAGAUUCAAUCUCAACACAAAUUAAAUUAAAAAAAUGGUUUAGAAAAAAAAGAAGAAAAAGAAAGGGUAUGCUACAAAGUACAAACCAUUGAUGAGAAUGUAACAUAUUCUGGUGUUAAAGUUCGUUGGUAUGUAUGUAUUAUUGGCAAUUCCCUUCGUUGGUUUGUGUUUCAAUCAGGAUCCUAAUUGUCUGUUUCAGAAUAAAGCUUUUUAUUCUAUUUA